AACAAUUUGACAGGAAAAGGCUAGACGAAGCUUUUUUAUACUCACUGCGCUACCGAGUCCUACAUCAAGAAAAACGAAUAAAAGGACCUACGAAGCGAGCUGAAAAGGCCUCCAUAAUCUUCUCCUCUCCUUUGCAAUAACCAACUCGAACACAAUGAAGUCUUUCCUGCCCAUCGUUCUUGCCACUGCGGUCACCUUGCUGGACGCUGUAUCAGCUGCCGGGUUCUACUCCUGCGCAUCCAAUUCCACCGCGUUCCAGCUGACGAACGCGACCUAUUCCCCAGAUCCUCUGAUUCCAGGCCAGGAAGCCUGUAUGACCAUUGAGGGCAAUCUGACCCAGCCUAUCAAUAAUGGAUCCACUGUCGUCAUCACAGCGAGCAUCUUUGGAAUAACCCUGUACAACACAACGACUGAUCUGUGCAACAGUCUCCAAAGCAUAAGCAACUCGACGACGCAAUGUCCGAUCCAACCUACAAACGGGACGAUCAAGGAAUGCGUGAAAGUGCCAUCAGGCAUCCCAUCUGGAAUCUCUGUCGAUAUCCGAGCUGAAGCCAAGGACGCUCAGGGCAACGAACUCUUCUGUCUUGUGGGCCCUCUGACCUUCGGCUCUUCUUCGUAACUGUAUCAAUAUCAGCCAUUUCAGAAACCUUGGCAUAUUGCCAUGACGUCUGCUGAAGGAAAAACAAUAAAAAAAAAGAGUAA